UGCCGCGUGCCUCGAACAUCGACUCGUGUCAAACAAUUGUCGAGGUCCAUCUAACCUAUGACUGCGAUUGCCUCUUCGCGAUAACGACUGCCAUACAACAGGCCGCCAAGCCGUGCGCCCCUCCGGAGCCUUUUUUUUGCGCUGCUCAGCUUGUCGUCAUCCCGAGCCAUCAGAUUGGACGGCCGUUGCCACGCUUCCUUUAGCUGGUUGUUAGACGCCGAGUAGCCUCACCUAACGAACCAUCUGCUCAGCCUGAAUCAAGAGCUGAAUUUAACGAGCUGCGAUACACACAAUUCUGACAGCUGGGAAUCACUUCACGGCCGACAAAAACAAAAAAACCACACAAUGCCUGCUGCUGUUGGAUCAAGCGGAGAGGCCGCCAACUCUGGCCGCCUCCUCCUCCUCUCAAACCGCCUCCCCAUCACCAUUAAGCGCUCCGACGAUGGAAGCUACAGCUUCUCCAUGUCGUCGGGCGGCCUCGUCACCGGUCUCAGUGGCCUCAGCAAAACGACCAGCUUCCAGUGGUAUGGCUGGCCCGGUCUUGAGGUGCCCGAAAACGAAAUCGAGGGCAUGAAGAAGCGCCUCAAGGACGAGUACGGCGCCCAUCCCGUAUUCAUCGAUGAUGAACUCGCAGACAGACACUACAACGGCUUUGCCAACUCUAUCCUAUGGCCGCUCUUCCACUACCACCCCGGUGAAAUCACCUUUGACGAAUCUGCGUGGGCGGCGUACCAGGAAGUCAACCGCCUCUUUGCAAAGACCGUCAUCAAGGAUGUGCAGGACGGCGAUCUUAUCUGGGUCCACGACUACCACCUGAUGCUGCUGCCGCAGAUGCUUCGAGAGGAGAUUGGCAACACCAAGAAGGAUGUCAAGAUUGGCUUCUUCCUCCACACCCCUUUCCCCAGCAGCGAGAUCUACCGGAUUCUCCCUGUGCGGGAGGCUCUGCUGACCGGUCUCCUCGAUUGCGACCUCAUCGGCUUUCACACGUACGACUAUGCUCGCCACUUCCUUAGCAGCUGCUCCCGAAUCCUCGAUACUCCCACCACUCCCAACGGCGUCGACUGGAACGGCCGCUUCGUUACUGUCGGAGCCUUCCCCAUCGGCAUCGAUCCCGAAAAGUUUGUCGAGGGCCUCCAGAGGCCAAAGGUCCAGGAGCGCAUCGCCACGCUCAAGCGAAAGUUUGAGGGCGUCAAGCUGAUUGUCGGCGUCGACCGUCUUGACUACAUCAAAGGUGUGCCUCAGAAGCUGCAUGCCCUCGAGGUGUUCUUGACAGAGCACCCCGAGUGGAUCGGCAAGAUUGUUCUCGUCCAAGUCGCCGUCCCGUCCCGACAAGACGUGGAAGAAUACCAGAACCUCCGCGCCGUCGUCAACGAGCUCGUCGGCCGCAUCAACGGCAAGUUCGGCACCAUUGAGUUCAUGCCCAUCCACUUCCUGCACCAGUCCGUCUCCUUCGAGGAGCUCACAGCCCUGUACGCCGUCUCAGACGUGUGCCUCGUCUCCUCCACGCGCGACGGCAUGAACCUCGUCUCGUACGAGUACAUUGCCACGCAGCGCGAGCGCCACGGCGUCAUGAUCCUCAGCGAGUUCACCGGCGCCGCCCAGUCCCUCAACGGAAGCCUCAUUGUCAACCCCUGGAACACGGAGGAGCUGGCCAACGCCAUCCACGACGCCGUCACCAUGAGCCCCGAGCAGCGCGAGGCCAACUACCGCAAGCUCGAGCGCUACGUCUUCAAGUACACGAGCGCCUGGUGGGGAGCCAGCUUCGUGGCCGAGAUGACGCGCCUCACUGCCGAGAACACGCAGCCCAAGACGCUGCGCAACAUUGCCGGCGCCGUCGUCGGCGACGUCACCCAAAAGGUGAAGCAGGUGGCCCAGGACGCGACGGAGAUGGUAACGGGCGGUGAGGAGCAGCAGCAGCAGCAGACUCCUGCUGAGGCGCCGGGAGCGUCUCAGUAG